AUGGCGGUGCUGACAAUUGCAUCUCUACUUUCUUUCUUCAAAAAUGAGAAUAAAUCCGUUUCACGAGGUGAAAAUCACUUCAAAUCUAACCAUGUGGAAAGCUUUAGUGCAAGUCAAGGUGUUUUGAAGGGACAGGUUCACGCUAGUAUGAAAAAAAAAGUGUAUAAUGUGACGGUAAGUGAAAUGCGGUAAAUGACCACCAUUGAAAUGAAAGCUUAUAGAAAAAUACUGUUAAACUUUGUUUAUUAUAAUUUUCUUUUUAGAUAUACCUUGACCAAAACAAUGCAAUUAAAUCGAGCGAGUGCGAGUGUCCGCGUAGAGCUUAUAAAUGUAGCCAUGCUGCAGCUCUGUUCAUCUAUGGAAUUUAUAACUUGAGUCGGACUGAUGUUGAGUGUUCAAAAACGGAAUGCACCUGA